GUCAUUUGCUCCAGCCGGGUCAGUGUCCCGUUGGUGUUAGCUGACAGGCGGCUAUCGGUUAGCCGCCUGCUCCGUCCCGCCUUCCUUCCUCAUCCGGCAGUGACGGCAGCCACAGUCCGGGCCGAGCUGUCGAAUGAACCCGGUUCCUCGAUGCGUCUCCUGCUGGGAAUAUGGCGGCGCCACGAACGCUCUGAGUCCCCACCGUCAUGCGUGAAUUGUAUUUUAUUUUACAUUCGCGUCCUUUAGCUUCGUGUUGACAAGACGCUAGCGAGAGCUUUUAGCCGUGUGCGGGGCGGGCGCUGGCGGCGGCGACGGCGGCAGCGGCAGCGGCAGCUUGUCCUCUCCCCGCGCUCUCGCCACGGCUGGAGGAUGCUGAAGCUGUUCGGCACGCUGGUUCUCGUCGGACUGGCCCUGGCCUGCCUCGCCUCCUGGGUGCUGGACAGCUACGACACGGCUUGGCACCCCAAACGGAGCGUCCGCGGCGGGGACGGAAGCGACCGGGGAAGUUCGCCCCCGUUUCCCGGGGACAAGCUGGAUAACAUAUUCUGGUUUGUUCAGGUUUCCGACAUCCACAUCAGCCGCUUCCACGACCCGAGACGGAUUCCCGACUUUGAAACGUUCUGCACCAAAACCAUCGAGGUGAUCAAGCCGUCGCUCGUGCUUGCGACAGGGGACCUGACGGACGCAAAGACGGCGAGCAAGGUGGGCUCGCUCCAGCACGAGGUGGAGUGGCAGGCCUACCACAACGUCCUCAAGAGGUCUGGCGUCAUGGAGCGCACGCGGUGGAUCGACAUCCGCGGAAAUCACGAUGCCUUCAACAUCAUGUCACUGGACAGUGUCAACAACUAUUACCGGAAAUACUCGGCCAAUCAGAAGGUGGGCUCCUUCCAUUACGUGCACACCACGCCCUUCGGAAAUUACUCCUUCGUGUGCGCCGACGCCACGCUGACGCCGGGACCCAAGAGGCCGUAUAAUUUCUUCGGGAUUCUCAAUCAGACUCAGAUGGACAUGCUGGACGUGUUCAGAGCUGAGAGUCUUAAAAGCAACCAGUCGAUCUGGUUCGGCCACUACACCACCUCCACCAUCGUGUCGCCGUCUCCGGGCGUGCGGGAGCUGAUGAGGUCAGCCGUGGCCUACCUGUGCGGCCACCUGCACACGCUGGGCGGCCUGAUGCCCGUCCUGCACAGUCGGCAUCCCCACGGCACCCUGGAGCUGGAGCUGGGCGACUGGAUGGACAACCGCAGGUACAGGGUUCUUGCCUUCGACCACGACCUGCUGAGUUUCUCCGACCUGAGGUUUGAAAAGUGGCCGGCGGUGCUCGUUACCAACCCCAAGGAUGCGCAGUACCUGCAUCCGGGCCUGGAACCUGUGGACCGCAUGCGAAGGUCCACACACAUCAGGAUUUUGGCGUUCUCUGAGGCCGCCAUCACAUCGGUGCGCGUCAGCGUGGACGGCGAGGCGUUGGGCGAAUGCCACCCUGCCGGCGGCCCCCUGUACGCGCUGCCCUGGGACCCGUCGCGAUACCUCACCGGGCUACACGCCGUCCGGGUGCAGGUGGAGGACUCGUUGGGCCGUCACAGUGAGCGGGAGCAACACUUCACGCUGGACGCGGACGGCGCAACCCCGAGCUUCGGCUUCGCGCAGUCCUUCAUCCUGCUGACGGAUCAUUACGUGGUGGGCCGGGCGGCCUUCGCGUUCACCAUGCUGCUCAACGUGGGCUUGCUUCUGUCCUUCAGGUUCUUCCGCCAGAUCCCGGCCGGCCGAGCAGGGUGGUCCUCGCAAGCUUGCAUGUCGCUGCGGCUGCUCAGUAAAGUGGACUCUUUCUUCUACUCCCUGCUGCUCUUCAACUUGUGUACAGCCUUGGGGCCGUGGUUCAUCGGCGAGCUGAUCGACGGCCAUAGCGGCGCCUGCUUCGCCUUCGGGGUGUUCAUCGACGGACAUUUCCUGGAGGGCAGCCUCACGUACGUGGUGGGCGUCAUUCAGCUGCUCUUCUUCAACAUGCCGCUCACCUUGUACCUGUGCUGGAGCCUCCACCUGCGUUGCCGCGGCAACAGCUUCCGCUCGCUGCUGCUGCGCCCGGGCUGCCGCUGGCGGUGCCUGGCGGUGCACCUGCUCAUGCUGCUGCUGCUGGCCUGGCAGGCGCACUCUUGCUACUUCCUGCUGGAGACGUACGGCCUUCUGGCCUUCCUGCUGUCGCCGGUGCGCACGUGGGCGCUGGGACUGGGCCUGAUGCUGGUCUACCGCGCCUGGACCUGCCCCGUGCCCUCUUGGAGCUCGGUGGCGGGCGGCGGCAACGGCAAGAGCGUCUCGCCGUCCUCCUGACAGUAAUUCGCCACUCUCGCCGCAUUCACCGGUUCACCUGCGUAUUAUUUACUACGCAUGUUUUCAAGUGUAAAGCACCGGCGAGCACAUUUCUGGACCAUAGUGUUCACCAGUGGUUCUCAAACUAGGGUGCCUGGAGUCUCGGGGGUCUGGGAGACGAAGCUGUGCUGGCUUGAGAGAGGAGUUUAAUUCGUUCUGUGACCACGCUUGUAUCUCAAAUCAUCUUUCCCCAUUGAAAUGAUGGAAAAUGCCAUUCAAAUUUCGUUUGUUAAUAAGGAAAAUACUACUCAAUCAUAUUCUACUUAACAUAGUCAAAUAGAAUGCAAUGAAUUGAACAGUUUGUGCAUCAUGAUUUAAUAAAAUUCAAUUCAUUGUGCUGCUCCUUCUGAUAUGCCUGUCUUGGCCACCGGGGGGGCAAUAUAAUACAGUCCUAAAGCUAUCAAGUGACAAGUGUCACCAUUACUAUGUCUCAAUUAGCUGCAAGAAUAUUCGUCGUUUUUCGCAGAAGAUAAAGAAUAUAUGCCUGUGUUAUGACAAUGUGACUAUCGAUGCUGAUGCUUAACCCCGCUAUGGCAUUUUCUAUGCGGUCAACAGAAGGCAUAAUAGUCUUUUUUGUUUGUUUUUUUGUUUAGAACAAAAUACUUACAACAUAGUUUUUUGUUUUCAGAAUAGAGUUCUAUUUAUUUUUUUUAAAGACAUAUUUUCCAGAGUAAAAGGGUUAAUAUUAGGAGAAUAAAGUUCUAUUUUUUUAUUUCGCCUGUUAAAAUAUGACUGUUUUCCCUUGUUACAGUACUUUGACGUUAAUAUAAUCAUACUAUGACUUUAUCUCGGGAAAAUACAACUUUAUUCUCAUAGGAUGGUGACUUUUCAUCCUGAUAAAAUACAUCUUUGUUCUUUUUGGGGUAAAAUGACAUAACUUUGUUCGCAUGUUACAAUUUAUUUUUUAUUUUUUGACAAAAAUGAAUUUGUUAUCCCAACAUUACAACUUUUUUAAAAAUAAAAAAAUAGGCAAGUUUUUA